UCAUCAGACAUAAAUUAUGUAUUUGUUUAUAAACUCGCAUGAAGAGUUUGAAAUCAUUGUUUGAAUUAAAUACUUCAAAUUAUAUUAUAUAACAUUUUAAAUGCGAUAUUGUUGUGUUAACUUGAAAUAUUUUGCAAAACUAAUUAAUUUAUUGUUUAAAAACCAUAGUAAUUCUCAAUCAUAUAAUCAUGCCUAUAAAAGCUACAAUUUUAUGGAAUUAUUUCAAUAAAGUUACUGUGUCAGGUGUUAAGUGUGGGGAAUGUAAAAAGUGUCAAAUCCAAAUCAAGUUAACUGAUGGAUCCACUAGUGGUAUCAGGUACCAUCUGAAAACAAAGCAUCCCGCUGACUACGCUACGAUGUUAAGAGCCCAAAUUGAACUUGAGCGCCAAAGAGAAGAAGAUAUUAAAGAAAUUACAGAAGCUGCCUUCGAACUGAAUGACGCAUACAAUCAACGAUCACAAAAAGGCUUAUCUAAAUGUGUUAAUGGUGGAACUAUUGGGAAAUAUUUUUCCCAAUCAGGCAGGCAAUUGGAGACAGACAUGGUAAUCAUGUCAUACAUUGCCAGGUCAAGUAGUCCAUUCACUCUAGUAGAUGAACCAUGCUUCAAAGAAAUGGUGGAACAUUUAAAUCCAAAAGUAAUUGUGAAACAUUCCUCGACUUUUUCAAGGUACAAGCUGCCAUUGCUUUAUGAAAGCGUUAUGGAUACUGUGCAAAACCUAAUUGAAAAAGAAGUUUCUACUUGUCAACAGGUGGCUAUCACCACUGAUGGUUGGACCUCUAGGUCACAGGAUCCAUACAUGACUUUUACGCUUCACUAUAUCAAUAGUCAGUUUGAACUGAAAAAAAAUGUUCUCAACUUUGACAAUUUCGUGGGAAGACACACUGGUUACCACAUUAGCAAAGCUCUGGAAGAAAUGAUCCAAAAAUAUCCGGUAUUGGACGCCGUGCCCAAGAAAGUCAUUGUCCACGAUGCAGCGGCAAACAUGAAACAUGCUGUGUCAAUCAUGAACAAAACAAAAUAUGAAUCACUGUUGUGUGCAGACCACCUACUAAACACUAGCCUACUACAUGCUACCAAUGAAGUGCAAGAACUCAAAGAAUGCAUAGAUAUUGCCACACAACUAUCUAGCAAAGUCCACAGAUCCAGCUUAGCUUGUCAACUUAUUGAAAAAGAGUGUAUGUCGCUCCGUGUAAACUAUGUUAAAAUUAUUGCUCCGGUAAAAACCAGGUGGAAUUCUAACUGUUUUAUGCUGGAGUCAAUCCUUAAACUUAAAGAUGUGUUGAUUUCUCUUAGAGAAAAAGAUGCACUAAAUAACAACCCACUACAGUUAUUCCAAGUGACAACCAAUUUUCACUGAUGGCUUCACUGAUGCCAGUCUUUAAAAAAAUGAAGAUUAUGUCAGAUUGCAUGUCCAAGGACACUGAACCAGUGCUUCAUCAUAUGCUAACUGUGCUUUAUAAAACUGACAAUUUUCUUCAUGACCACAUUGAUAUGGAAAACAGAGAAAUAGUUAAUGCUUUUUGUAAAAAACUAAGUGAGCAUUUACACCUAGCCACGCGAUUCAAUGAACAUGGAAGAUACAACCAACACUAUGCCUUGGGAAACCUUCUUAAUCCGUACUUUAGAGGAUAUAUGCUUAGACAUUACGGUAUCUUCGAAGAGUUCACUAGAAAAGUCAUCAACGAUCAUCCAUCGUCGGACGCUGUUUCGAUCAGUGAAAAAAAUAAUCAUAAAGCUACACAAGUUAAAAUGCCAGUUGGUGUGGAUGAGUGCGACGAUUUACAAAAUAUAGAGAUUGAACAGGGUAAUAAUAACCACACCAUUAGUCAAAAUGUACCGGAAAUUGAAAGGGAGUUUGAAUCUUUCCACGCUAUGCCUCGUGUUGAAGAAAAGCAUAAAGUCAAUUAUGAUCUUGUCUGUCCUCACAUGACCUUGAAAAUUAUAAGCGACGCUGAAGAAGCCCUGGACCCCCCAGCAUUAACUCCAGUUAGAACACCUCCCAAAAAUCCAAUUCCUAAAGCAGUUUUUUCAAAUAACCAAAAAAGAUUGUUGUUCAAAACAAAAAACGUUUCAACAACGCCAUUAUGUUCUUCUUCUUUACCAUCAACACCAACAUCUUCAGGAAUCAAAAGAAAAACAAUGGAUAUUCCGGAAGAAUCCGAAACAACAUCAUCCGAAAAAACAUCCGAAAGUGACACUCAACAAGUAUUAAAAUAAAAAUGUUUUACUUUUUAUUGUGAAAUUUUAAAAUCGUGAAAUAUAAUUGUCUAAAUAAAAA